UCGGGUAUAAAAGCGAUGCGGACGGGCGCCCACUCUGCAAUCGACAUGGCGCCCAAAACGGUCUUCGCUCUUCUGGUCGUAGUCUGUCUCGCGGAGCUGACGUGGGCUUCUCCAGCUCCAUUCCACAGCAGGCGGUCAACGAACGCCACAACAGCUACUGCUACAAACGCCACAGCUAACAGUUCUUCCAACGACGCCGCCAGCGAUGACGACAGCUCGAGUAGCAAUAUAUUCAGCGAGAUCAAGGAACACGUAGACAACGUUUUCGGUAACAUAUUUGGCAAACGCUCUGUUGACUCCAGCAAUUCCUCUGACGUCAGCUCUUCCUCCAACACCACCACCACCAGCAAUGACACUUCCUCCAAUAACGUUUUCGACGAAAUUAAAGACAAUGUGGAAGGGUUCUUCGGUCACCUGUUCGGGAAGCGCGCCGUGAAGUUCCCGACACCUGACAUGCUCACCAAACUCUACGAGGAGUGGGCAAACCAGAGAGCCAACCGCUCCGUCACCGUUAGAGCCACCAACAGCAGCUUCACAAUGGGCGACUUGUUUACUGAGGUUGUCAAGGGAUGGCUCAAUGGAGACAACAGCAAGCGGUCUGUUACCGUGAGGGAGACCGACAACAGCUUCACAAUGGGCGACUUGUUUGUCGAACACUUCAAGGAAUGGCUCAAAGGAAACAUGGACAAACGUUCCGUUACCGUGAGGGAGACCGACAACAGCUUCACAAUGGGCGACUUGUUUGCCGAGCUUUCCAAGGAAUGGCUCAAAGGAAACUUGGACAAGCGUUCCGUUACCGUGAGGGAGACCGACAACAGCUUCACAAUGGGUGACUUGUUCACCGAGCUUGUCAAGGAAUGGCUCAAAGGAAACUUGGACAAGCGUUCCGUUACCGUGAGGGACACCGAUAACAGCUUCACAAUGGGCGACUUGUUCACCGAGCUUGUCAAGGGAUGGCUCAAUGGAGAGAACAACAAGCGUUCUGUUACCGUGAGAGACACCGACAACAGCUUCACAAUGGGCGACUUGUUUGUUGAGCUUUUUAAGGAAUGGCUCAAAGGAAACUUGGACAAGCGUUCCGUUACCGUGUAAACAUAUAGAUAAUGGUCGAUUUUGUCAUGUACUUUGUGCACCAUUUACAAGAGCAAUUAAGUGACUACAGAUCCAGCACGCUACUUGAUCUGAUUAUUGGUAAUUUAUUCCUGAAUUAUUCAUUUGUACAUUGCAGCUAUCUUCACAAUAAACAGAUAUAGCUAUCCUUUA